AUGACUCGAUCCGACCAACCAAACUACCAGAAUGACCGCACCGACCGUCCUGAGCUUUUCUUUACUCUCUCCGACCAGGUAAAAUACACUCCCCGUGCGGUCCUCAUCGACCUCGAACCGCUGGUGGUGACCAAAACCACCAGUGUACUCCCAAUGAUCAAUCCUCGCAAUGUGCACUUAUCAGACAAAGGCCUGGGAGCGGGUAACAAUUGGAGCAACGGUUACGUUUACGGUAACGAACACCAAGAGGAGCUUUUCAACAUUAUCGAUCGAGAAGCCGAUAAGUGCGACAACUUGGGCAACUUCCAGCUUUUUCAUUCGGUCGCGGGGGGUACUGGGGCUGGUGUAGGUUCGUUGGUGUUGGAGCUUCUCAGUGACCGGUACGGCCAGAAGAAAAUGAUCAAUACGUUCAGUGUGUUCCCCUCUAAUGAAGAUACCAGUGAUGUGGUGGUGCAACCGUACAAUACGAUGCUCACGCUCAAACGCUUGAUCGAUUAUUCAAUGGCAACUUGCGUCUUCCACAACGAUGCCCUCAACUCAAUCGAAAACAUCCUAUUCAACAACAAGAGUCUGAGCAACCUACAGCGAUUUGAAGCUACUAACAUACUUAUUUCCUCAGUCUGUGCCCUGGUCCUGAACCCCCUAAGAUUCCCCAACUACGCUUAUGCCCUGUACGAGCUGAUCUUCUCAACCCUUAUUCCUAGCCCCGAACUCAAAUUUUUGCUGUGUCUGCUCGCUCCGUUCACUAAUGAGUUGCUGAAGCACCCUUACAUCAAUGAGUUUGAUAUGGUUUUGGAGUUGUUCAAAGAUGAUUACAAGAUGAACCGAGUGGAAAGGCCACAGGAGUUGCGACACAUACUGAUUAUGAAUUAUCUUAUUGGCGACAAUUUGAACCAACAAGAUAUACGCAAGGCCGUGGCUAAGAUCAGCCAACGUGUCAAUUUCGUCGACUGGGUGCCUCUGGCAAUUCAAAUGGUGAACGGCCGUAAAUCACCCUUCGUCAGCCAGCCAAACGAACAAAGACAAUUGAGUGGCAUCCAGCUUUCAAAUAAUACUCUGAUGAUAUCCAUGUUUGAAAAGAUUAGCGAACAAUUCGAUCGGUUGUACAAGCGAAAGGCUUAUAUCAACAAUUACCUCCCUGUUACGAUCAGCGACGAGGCAUAUGAGGUGGAACUGAUGUUUCAAGACAGCAAAGAAUCGGUGUUAAGGGUAAUUGACGAAUACAAAGCGUGUUGUAAAGCGGAUUAUCUUCUUGACGAUGUUUUAGAUGAGGAUUAUAUGGCCUCUUGA